CUAUUCCUGCAAUGCAACCCAUACCACAUUCCAAAUUUAGUGAUAGAGAGAGAGAGAGAGAGAGUUUGUAUUGUAGAGAGAGAAUUGAUGAACAAGAACAAGAAGACCACUGGUACUCACACUCUCUGUUUCGUGAUUCACCGCAACUUCGCAAUUCGUUCGCUUCGCUAAUGGUUGUCUGAAUCGUAUGCUUGAAGAUUAUCUACCGAUCGACAUGGCCAAGACUGGGGUCAAGAGAGGGAGAGACAUCGAUCCAACGAAAGCUACGGAGUUGAAGGAGGAGUUGCAGAGGCUGGUGAAGGCAAUCGUCGACGACGAUGAUGUGAACAUUGACACCAUCAAUGAAGCCGUCGAAACUCUCUCUGCAUUGAAGGAUUUGAAGGUCAAGAAACCCAUUCCUUUCAAACUACACAAGUCGUUGAAAAUUCCAGAAGAGUUUCGUUGCCCUAUUUCCCAACAACUCAUCAUAGAUCCUGUGUCCUCUGGUCAGACUUAUGAUAGAAUGUCCAUCGUAAAUUUGCUAAGAAGUGGGAAUCAAACAUGUCCUCAUACGCAACAAAACCUUUUACGUACUACCCUCAGGCCCAAUCCUUUGCUUCUACGCUUGAUAUCACAAUGGUGCCAGAAUCAUGGAGUCCAUUUGCCGGACCCUGAGGAAUAUUCAGAUGAGUAUGUAAUAACUGACGCAGAUAGAAGCCAUUUUCUUUCUUUGCUUGUUAAGAUGUCAUCGACACCUUCUGAUCAGAAAGAAGCUGCAAGGGAAUUGAGGUUGUUCACAACGAGUAUGCCUUCAUUCCGGGCACUUUUUGCUGAGUCCGAAAGUGCCAUACGUGAUUUGCUUAAGCCCCUCUCUCAAACCAAGUCCCAAAGUGACAUUCACCCUGAUCUCCAUGAAGACUUGAUCUCCAUACUUUCGGAUGUUUUAAUCCAUGACUACAACGAGAAUCCUAUUUCUGAGAACGCCUCAAUGGCCCAAAUGGUUAUCCCUCGUCUUAUUGAUUCUGUCAGAUCAGGAAGAAUCGAAACAAGAAGCAUGGCGGCUUUAGCCCUGUCCACCUUAGCGGUUCUUGACUCAAACAAGGAAAUUAUUGGGGAAUUCGGGGCCCUAAAACCGCUAAUUGACCUCUUAGAAGAAGGGCACCCAUUAGCUAUGAAUGAUGUUGUUGCUUCAGCGAUUUUUAACCUUUGCACUCUGCAUGAGAACCAGGCAAGAGCCGUGAGGGACGAUGCUGUUAGGGUCAUGCUGAAGAAAAUAACGGAAGGUGUGCUUGUUCACGAGUUGUUGGAUACUCUUGCUCAACUUUCAAACAAUGAAAUGGCGGUAGAGGAAUUGGGAAAGUUGGAUGCUGUUCCCUGCUUGCUUGGUAUAAUCAGAGAGAGCUCUUCUGCUGUCAACAAUGAGAAAUGCAUCGUCAUCCUCCACAAAAUAUGCUUUGGCGCCCAGCACAAGUGGAAGGAAAUGAUCAGAGAUGAAGAGAAUUCUCAUAAGACGAUCACUAAGCUUGCUCGGAAUGGGACUUCAAGAGCCCAGGAGGAGGCCACUGCCAUUCUUGAGAAGCUGAACAUGACUUUCUAUCUAACUCAUACUAUAUGAUGUCGUCUCUCAUGCACCAUUUACAAGCACAAAAGUUGUACAUUACACUUCAAGGGCACAAAAAUUGUACAUUACACAUGUCGUAGAGCUGGCAGGAUAGAGCUUACUCAUACCGCAUGAUUUCAUCUCUGAUGCAACAUUUACAAGCACAAAAAUUGUGCAUUACCAUAUAUGUUGUAACGCUAUGACCCCUAAUCGCAAU